AUGAUCAUGAGCUCGGAACAAUCACUGUCACCGUCAUCAUCACGGUGGCCAAAGGCGGAGAUUCUUGCGCUUAUAAACUUGAGAAGUGGAAUGGAACCAAGGUACCAAGAUAAUGUCCCUAAAGGACUAUUAUGGGAAGAGAUCUCAACUUCAAUGAAGAGAAUGGGAUACAACAGAAACGCCAAGAGAUGCAAAGAGAAAUGGGAAAACAUAAACAAAUACUACAAGAAAGUUAAAGAAAGCAACAAGAAACGCCCUCAAGAUGCUAAGACCUGUCCUUACUUUCACCGUCUCGAUCUUCUUUACCGCAACAAAGUACUCGGUAGUGGUAGUGGUAGUGGUGGUGUAGGUUCUAGCACCUCCGGUCUACAACCUCAAGACCAAACUACAUCAACGGUACCAAAACAGAGUCCGGUCUCUGCGAUGAAGCCGCCACAAGAAGGAGUUUUCAACAUUCAUCAAACUCAUGGGUCAGGUUCAAGUGAGGAAGAAGAGGAAAGUCCACAAGGAACAACAGAAAAGAAGACCUUGUGA